UUCAGUAUAACCAUGGCUGAGGCUGCGAACUACAGCGUUGUACCCCUGGAGGAGUUAAGAGCAUUCGUUGUCCGCUGUAUGGAGGCUGUAGGCACCCGGACCGACCAUAGCGAGGCCCUGGCCGAGCUGCUAGUGACCGCUGAUCACAGGGGUCAUUUCAGCCACGGUCUGAACAGGCUCGAUAGUUAUAUGGCUGACAGAGAGGCUGGACUAUGCGCAUCAGGAGACGUCACUCCUGUCAUCGUCAGCGAAAAGCUGUCCGUGGCUAACGUAGAUGGAAAAGAUUUACUAGGUCCUGUAGUAGGGAAGUUUUGCAUGGACAUUGCCAUCAAAAAAGCGCGGGAAACGGGUGUAGGUUGGGUGACUGCCAGAGCAUCCAAUCAUUUUGGGAUAGCUGGAUGGUACAGUAUACAAGCAGCAUCACAAGGCCUUCUGGGCUUGGCAUUCACCAACUCUUCACCAAGUAUGGUUCCAUCACGAUCCAAAGAUGGUAUACUUGGGACAAACCCAAUCAGUUUGUCCGCACCCGCGGGGCCCGAUGAUAUGUUUGUUCUCGACAUGGCCACAACUACAGUGGCUCUGGGAAAGGUGGAAAUAUCUGGGCGCAAGGGUCAGCCGAUUCCACCAGGCUGGGGCGUGGACUCUUCUGGACAGGAGACGUUUAACCCAGAGGAGGUGUUACAUGGUGGUGGCCUGCUGCCACUGGGAGGCUUAGAGCUUACCGGAGGAUAUAAAGGCUACGGGUUAGCGAUGAUGGUGGAGAUAUUCACAAGUAUCCUGAGUGGAGCCACAUGCAGUCCAAAUGUACGCUCGUGGUUAGACCAUUCAACUCGUAAAAACGCAGACCUGGGCCACUGUUUCGUUGCCAUCGACCCGGAUGCUUUCGCCCCAGGCUUUGUUGACCGUAUGAGUGACUUAAUGGGUAUAUGUCGAUCUCUAGAACCAAUAGACGGAGAGACAGAAGUACUUGUCGCCGGAGAUCCGGAACGAAAACACAUGGCUAUGUGUAAGGAGCUGGGAGGAAUCCCAUACCAUCCUAACCAGAUUAAGUAUGCGAAUGAAAUUGCCGAAAAGUACAGGAUCCCUCCAAUGAAAACGCUCUAGCCGGAAGGAAUUUAAUCGUUAUAAUGAAACGUGCUUUCACCCCGUUAACUGAAGGGAGUUUUCGAAGGUAUAUCAAAAAUAAAAAAAAAACUUAGGAUGACGUGUUUGUUGAGUCGGCCGCGAAGACGCGUUUUCUAUGAGACAGUAUUAACGAUGAUCAUGUAUGAUGUUCAACCAUGUGUGUUGUCAAUAAUACUCAUACCAUAUGUACUCAGCACAUUGAGAUGUAUAUUAAUUUCUUGUGUACAGAAAUAUAGAUAUUACUGCGCCACGAUGCUGCGAUAAAAUUCGUCGCGAAGUUUGUUUG